AUGAAACUCAGCCUCCUCACCGUCCUUACCUCCUGCAUACUAGCAGUCACAGCAGCAGACACCACUCCUACCGCCAACACUGCUGUUACCACAAAGACUUCGUCGUCUUCGUCCACGUCAACCUGCGAGGCAGAAAAUAUUCUCAGCGCCUGUAUUAAAUCUUUGAAACCUCAGCUUGAGAAAUGCGAGCCGAAUAAAUGGGAUUGUCUGUGCGAGAGAAGUAAUAAUCUUUUGACAGCAGCAAAGGCCAAUUCCAUGACCGUUUCCACCUCGGCCACUGCCACUCCGACCAAGACCAAGGAGUCCUCGUCUUCUACGACCAGGGAAACCGAUACCAGGGCAACGACGAGUGCGUCUGAGGCUGCGGCUGGUGUUGUCGGAGGUAUGAGGAUGGGGAUGGGGGUGGGUGUUUUGAUGGGAGUUCUUGGGGGUCUGCUGUGA